AUGACAUAUAAGAGACAGUUUGCUUUUUACCCACUCUUUUACUCAUAUGUAAAAUUUAUUUCGUUAUUCCAGGAUGGUCGAACUGUUUUACAUGUGGCAGCUGCUCAUUCUAAAGAUGAGAUUGUUCGCGUUCUGCUUGCUAAGAAGGCGGAUUCAAACCUUCCCGGAGGGCCUAAAGACCAACUACCUCUCCAUUACACAGCUCUUCGUCCUAGUGGUGCCAUCAACGUAAUCCAAACUUUACUAAAGGCAUCUCCUAAGGAUGCAAGACUCGCCCAGGACAAAGAUGGCUGCAUUCCUCUCCUGCUAGCAGUGGAAGCCGGGAAUCUGGGGAUCUGUAAAGAGUUGUUGUCAACGCACACUGAAGCCCAACUCAGAGUUAACUGCAAAAAUUAUGGUGACACAGCACUUCAUGCAUGUUGUAGAAAAAGAGAUGUGGAACUUGCAAAACUGCUCGUGGAAUAUGGUGCUUCUAUCGACUGUCAGAAUGAAGAGAACCAAACCCCACUACACAUUGCAUCAUGGGAAGGAGAUGAAGUUAUGUUAAAGUUUUUACAUCAAUGCAAAGCUAAUGCUAAUUUAACAGAUAAGCUGGAGCGAACACCUUUACACAUUGCUGCGGAACAAGGUUACAACAACAUCGUUGAAAUUCUCACUGAAAAGUUCCGAUCCAAUGUUUUAGCUCGCACUAAGGACGGUAACACUCUUAUGCACAUUGCAUCGCACUAUGGACAUCCAGAAACAGCACUGGCAUUUUUGAAGAAAGGUGUUUUGCUCCACAUGCCGAACAAGUCAGGUGCGGUAUGUUUGCAUGCAGCAGCCAAGCGAGGGCAUAGCGCUGUGGUGAAGGCACUCUUGCAGAAGGGGGCUCACGUUGAUGCACGAACCAAGGAAAACUACACUGCCCUGCACAUAGCAGCUGAGAACUGCAAACCCCAAGUUGUGCAAACUUUGAUUGGAUUUGGAGCUCAAGUGCAGCUGAAAGGGGGAAAGGCACAGGAGACCCCUCUGCAUAUUGCAGCCCGAAUUAAAGAUGGGGAGAAAGUGGCUGAGAUGCUAUUGAAGAGUGGUGCAGAUGUAAACAUGGAGCAGGAGAAUGGGGAAACAGCAAUGCAUAUAGCGGCUCAGAAUGGCAACUUAAAGAUGCUCACGGCCCUUAUUGAAGAGGGAGGGGAACUGACUUGGCAGUCAAAGGCCAAGGAAAACCCCCUGCAUAUAGCAGUACGUCACUGUCACCUACCUGUUGUACAAGUCAUACUAAACUAUCUGGCAAGCGAGAAGAGUAGAGCGGAUGCUGUUGCAUGUGUAAAUCAGCCUAACAAGAAUGGAGAGACACCUCUGCACUUGGCAGCAGCCGUGAAAAAAGAUGCUAUUCACUUUAAAGAUGAAGAUGUAAAAAUGAUCUGUCUUCUUAUGGAAUACGAUGGAGAUAUUUCAUCCACCACAAAACUGACAGCUGAGACACCGUUACAUUACUGUGCCAGAGAAGGGAAUGAAGAUGUUUUACUGGAAAUAAUUAAACAUAUAAAUUCCAACAGAAUGCAGCAGACCAUAAACAAACAAGCUAAGAAUGGUUGGUCUCCACUGUUAGCGGCUGCGGAAGAGGGACAUACAGAGGUUGUAAAAAUAUUGCUGAAUAACCAUGCGCGUGUUGAUGUAUUUGAUGAGCAUGGUAAAGCAGCUUUACACCUGGCUGCCGAGAAGGGGCAUGACCAGAUAGCCAACAUUCUUCUCCGGCACAAGGCCUUUGUUAAUGCCAAAACCAAGCUUGGCCUAACUCCACUGCAUCUCUGUGCUCAGUAUGGAUAUAACCAUGUUGUGAAAUUACUGGUGGAGACCCAUCAGGCCAGUAUCGAUGCUAUGGCCCUGACAAAGAGAACGCCUCUUCACAUGGCAGCUAUGAACGGCCAACUGGACGUGUGCAACAGUUUAUUAACUAUGAAAGCUGAUGUGAACGCAACAGAUAUUCAAGGGCAAACGCCUCUUCAUCUUGCAGCUGAAAAUGACCAUUCAGAGGUUGUAAAGCUAUUCUUGAAGCAUAAACCAGAGCUGGUGACAUCGGCUAACUUAGAUGGCUCUACAUGUGCUCACAUUGCAGCGGCUAAGGGAAGUGUGGCUGUUAUCAAGGAGCUUCUUAAGUUUAACAAGACUGGCGUAACCUCUGCUAGAAACAAGACCAAUGAUUCCACACCACUUCACCUUGCUGCUGCAGGAGGACACGCAGAUGUUGUAAAGGUGCUUCUCGAAACUGGUGCGUCUGCCUCUGAUGAAGAUGGGGAGGGCAUGACAGCAAUCCCUGCAGCUAAGAAUGGGCACAUCAAUGUUCUGGACAUGCUUAAGGGAAGUGUCUCAUUUCGGAUCACAAGCACAAAGACAGGGUUCACCGCUCUUCAUGUUGCGGCUCACUUUGGACAACUAGAUUUUGUGCGAGAAAUUCUAACUAAGUUACCAGCUACGGUGCACAGUGAACCUCCCAAAUCACUGUCUGAUUUAAUACACCUGAAAGAACUAGGGAGAGAGUCAGGAUAUACACCAUUACAUCUGGCAUCUCAAUCUGGCCAUGAAAGCUUGGUACGCCUUCUUCUUAAUGACCCGGGUGUGCAGGCAGAUUCUCCAACUUGCUGGCAGGGAUCUACUCCCAUACAUCUUGCAGCCAAGAAUGGUCAAACAGCUGUCGUGGGCCUUCUGCUGAGUAAAUCAACUUCUCAACUGCAUAUGAAAGACAAACGAGGAAGAUCUUGCCUCCAUCUUUCUGCCGCUAAUGGUCACAUCGAAACAAUGAGAGCACUGAUUGGUCAAGGGGCUGAAAUCAAUGUGACUGAUAAGAACGGUUGGUGUCCUUUGCACUUUGCAGCAAAAUCUGGUUUCCUAGAUACUGUUCAUUUUCUUGUUGAAUGUGGCGCUAAUCCCACAGUAGAAUGUAACAAUGGCAAGGUGGCUCUACAGUACGCAGCCGCUGAAAACCAUCAGGAGGUUGUGAGCUAUUUGAUAAAGAAGAAUAACAACACAUUAAAACUUACUGAUGACAAAAAAUUUGUCUUUGAUCUAAUGGUGUGUGGCAAACUGAACAACAAUAAAGUCAUAGAAGAAUACAUUCUUCACUCAAGUGCACCAUUGGACACUGCAGUCAAACUUUCCAGAGCUUUUAACAUCACUGCCUUGAAGGAAAAAGAAAGAGCAGUUGAUCUGCUUAAUGCUGCCAAAUAUAGUGAAAAUAUGGCUACAGAACUGCUUACCAUAGCAUCUGGCAGUAAAAAUGCUGGCUAUGUCCUAAGAGCUGUAGACCACAGAGGUACCACCAUAUUGGAUUGCUUAAUUGAAUGUGAACAGAAAGACGUUGUUGCACAUCCUGCUGUGCAGAAAUACCUGACUGAUGUGUGGUAUGGCAACUUGAAAUGGACCACAUGGAAACUAGUCCUGUUAUUUUUUACUUUUCUAGCAUGUCCUCCAGUGUGGCUUGUAUUUUCUCUACCUCUCAAGCACAGGUUUAACAAAAUCCCCAUUAUGAAAUUCAUGAGCUACUUGGCAUCCCACAUAUUUUUGCUUAUAUUAUUUAUUCUUACAAUUGUCUAUCCUCCUUUGAACCCAAUUUACGAAGGAGGCAUGAUACCAUAUUGGAAUGAAUGGUUGUUGUUAGCUUGGCUGUCAGGAAUGCUUGUUUCAGAGCUCACCCUCCCUGGAGAAAGAGCUGGACUUGCAUGGAUACGAGUAUUUGUCUUGGGAUUUUCUGGUGUUGCUUUUUUCUGCCAUUUGGUUGCUAUUUUGUUUACUGACAAGGAUCGAUUACACUGCCUUUUUGCCAGAAACAUCUUCCUUGGUGUUGCCAUGACAUUAUCAUUUGUCCAGUUUUUGGAGUUCCUUACAUUCCAUCACCUCUUUGGGCCAUGGGCUAUCAUCAUAAGAGACCUAAUCAAGGACCUGACUCGAUUUGCUGUUAUACUUGCCUUGUUUCAUACGGCCUUCACGAUGCAGCUCUCUGCAGUUUAUCAACCUGUAUAUCCUGAAACAAAGCUAACUCAAGCGUUUAAUGAAACAGUAAGAAAUGAAUCCAGAAUCCAAGAUCCAAUUGACAUUACGGUACUCUUGUUUUUCUCUUUGUUCGGUCUUGUAGAACCUGAGUCUCUUCCACCACUUGAUAGAACACCACAUUUCACUUUUGUAAUUGUCCGCUUUGUGUUUGGAGUUUACCUGAUUGUUACUCUCAUUGUUCUUAUAAAUCUGUUGAUUGCAAUGAUGAGUGACACCUACCAGAGGAUACAGGCACAAUCUGACACAGAAUGGAAAUUUGGGAGAGCCACAUUGAUUCGAGAUAUGACCAGGAAGCCAGGAACCCCUUCUCCAUUAAAUCUCUUCACCAACCUAUUUUGUUAUAUCAAAUUACUCUGUAAGCACAAAGGUAAACUAUGUUCUGCCAAUGCCAGAGACCUCAUGACAGUGGAAGAUAUUGAUGGUUUCUCGGAUACACGCUCUAUAGACCUGCUUGCUCACACUUCCCUAGGAUGGAUCAGAACUGCUGCUAAAAGAACGACACAAGUGUCCCCAGAUGGUAAAGAUUCUCAGUAG